AUGCGGCGAGCACUGCUCGUGAAACUUUUUCUUAUAUUAACGAUUUGCUCUCUCCCGUGUUAUUCUCAAGGAUGUGAGGCAAAUCAGUUCAGCUGUAGGAUAGGUGGCUGCGUCCCUGCCGCCUGGCACUGUGACGGCACUGGAGACUGUGUGGAUGACUCAGAUGAGGAUGGCUGUGACACCACAUGCGCAGCCGGUCAGUUCCAGUGUUUAAGUGAUGGUGAAUGUAUUCCUAAUCACUGGGUGUGUGAUGAUGAAGAAGACUGUGAAGACGGAUCUGAUGAAAGGCAGCACUGCCCGGGUCGGACUUGCUCCAGUGGACAGUUCACCUGCCCGAAUGGGGCGUGUAUCCCUGGGGAAUACAGGUGUGACCGUCUGCGGGACUGCUCGGACGGAGCAGAUGAGAGAGAUUGCCAUUACCCAGAAUGCCAUGAGUUGAGUUGUGCCAACGGUGCCUGCUAUAACCGGACCCAGCACUGUGACCGGGUGUUGGACUGCCGUGAUGGUUCUGAUGAGGCAAACUGCACACAGCGGUGCAGCAGUGGGCAGUUUCAGUGCAACAAUGGAGCAUGUGUCCCACGUGGGUACGUCUGUGACCAUGACGACGACUGUGGCGACAGAAGCGAUGAACAGAACUGCACGUACCCCACCUGUAGAGGCACAUACUUCACCUGUCCUAGCGGUCGCUGCAUCCACCAGGCCUGGCUUUGUGAUGGAGAGGACGACUGUGAAGACAACGCAGACGAGAGAGGCUGUGAUGCUGUCCCACGUGAGUGUUACCCAGGAGAGUGGCCAUGUCCGUCUUCAGGGUUGUGCAUCCCCACAAGACAGCUCUGUGAUGGGACACCCCACUGUCCCGAGGGCGUGGACGAGACCAACGCCACUGCUGGACGAAACUGUAGUAUCUGGCGCUGUGCAUCGCUGAGCUGUGAGUAUCGUUGUGUGGCAUCUCCAGAGGGCGGGACUUGCACGUGUCCAUCCGGCUACAUAGUCAGCAGCAACAACAGCCGCUCUUGCAUUGACUAUGAUGACUGUAAGGUGUGGGGCAUUUGUGACCAGCUGUGUGAGGAUCGCACUGGGGGUCAUCACUGCAGCUGUAAGGACGGCUAUGUCCUGGAACAGCACAGACACUGUCGAGCCAACUCCUCGUCUGGAGUGCCUUCCCUGGUGUUCUCCAAUGGUAGAGACUUAUUGAUUGGGGAUAUCCAUGGCCACAGCACACGCACACUGGUUCACUCACUGAACAGAGGAGUCGCUGUGGGGGUCGACUUUCACUACCAGCUACAUAGAAUCUUCUGGACAGACACAAUUCAGAACAAGGUGUUCUCUGUGGAUAUGGAUGGUUCCCACGUUCAGGUGGUCUUAAAUGUAUCAGUUGACUACCCUGAGAACUUGGCUGUGGACUGGGUGAACAAUAAACUGUAUGUGGUGGAGGCGAGCGUUAACAGGAUCGACAUGGUGGACCUGGACGGGAAUAAUCGUGUCACGCUGAUCGCAGAAAACCUGGGAAACCCUAGAGGACUAGCUUUGGACCCGACCGUGGGUUACCUGUUUUUCUCGGACUGGGACGCUCUUAAUGGAGAACCGGGCCUGGAGCGGGCUUACAUGGACGGGACCAAUCGCUAUGGAAUCAUCAGGUCCAAACUUGGCUGGCCAGCCGGUAUCACCCUGGACAUUGAGGCUCAGAGGGUGUACUGGGUCGACAGUCGCUAUGACUACAUCGAAACAACCACUUACGAUGGUCUUCACAGGAAAACUGUGGUGCAUGGAGGCUCCGUGAUCCCCCACCCUUUUGGCAUCAGUCUGUUUGAGCAUUCUGUGUACUACACUGACUGGACCAGAAUGGGCGUGAUGAAGGCGAACAAGUUCGGUGAUAGCAGCCCGCAGGUUCUGUACCCUACAGCGCAGACUCCUCAUGGCAUAGCAGUCAUACAUGCCUUCAGACAACCCUACGUAAGUAAUCCAUGUGGUACUGACAAAGGAGGCUGUGAUCACAUCUGUGUCCUGAGCCACAGGACAGAUAACGGGGGCCUGGGCUACCGCUGCAGGUGCCGUCUGGGCUACGACCUGCACGCAGACGGCAAAAGAUGCGUGGGUGUGAGGCAGUUUUUGCUCUUCUCCAGUCAGCUGGCAGUGAGAGGAAUCCCCUUUAACCUGUCCUCCCAGGAGGACAUCAUCCUGCCCGUCACUGGAACGCCCUCCUACUUCGUAGGUGUGGACUUCAGCGCUGAGGAAGAUACCAUUUUUUUCUCUGACACUGCCAAGGACAUCAUCUACAGACAGAAAGUAGAUGGAACCGGCCGGGAGGUGCUGGCAGCCAAUAGAGUGGAGGGUGUGGAAGAUCUGGCCUAUGACUGGAUAUCAAAGAACCUGUACUGGACAGACCCACGCUAUAGGAGCAUAUCAGUCAUGAAACUGGCUGACAAGUCCAGAAGAGCCAUUAUACAGAACCUGAACAAUCCCAGGUCUAUUGUGGUGCACCCUGUGGCAGGGUUUAUUUUCUGGACCGACUGGUACCGUCCAGCCAAGAUUAUGCGGGCUUGGGGUGACGGGUCACAUGUUCUGUCGAUAGUAAACACCACUUUGGGCUGGCCUAAUGGUCUGGCCAUUGACUGGAGCUCCUCUCGUCUGUACUGGGUGGAUGCUUUCUUUGACAAAAUUGAGCACAGUAAUUUUGACGGUCAGACCCGGCUCUCUCUGGACCGAAUAACCCAGAUUUCACACCCGUUUGGCCUGACCAUCUUUGGAGGUUAUGCGUACUUUACUGACUGGCGUCUGGGUGGGAUCGUUCGUGUGCGUAAAACAGACGGAGGGGAGAUGGUAAUUAUUCGCCGGGGGAUUAGUCACAUUAUGCAUGUCAAAUCUUUCAACGCCGACCUGCAGACUGGGUCCAACUACUGUAAUCGCCAGACAAGCCCAAACGGAGACUGCAGUCACUUCUGUUUCCCCGCACCAUACUCCCAGAGAGUGUGCGGCUGCCCAUACGGAAUGAAGCUGUCACCCAAUCAGCAAACAUGUGUGGAAGAUCCGUCCAAUGAACCGCCGACGCUGCAGUGCGGCGCUAACUCCUUUUCCUGCACCAAUGGGAAAUGUGUCCCUCAAAGUUACAGAUGUGAUGGAGUUGAUGACUGCCAUGACAACAGCGACGAAGCUAACUGUGGAGCUCAUAACACCACGUGUUCCCCGAUGGCUUUCACCUGUGCCAACCAGCGUUGUGUCCCCCGAAGCUGGCGCUGUGACGGGCACAAUGACUGUUUUGACGGCAGCGACGAACGGGACUGUCCCACCCAGACCCCGGGCACCUGUCCCGCAGACCAGUUCAGCUGUGCCAACCGUCGCUGCAUUCCGCACACCUGGCGCUGUGACACGGACAAUGACUGUGGGGAUGGUUCUGAUGAGACCAACUGCGACUUCAUUGGCACGUGUCAUCCGGGGCAGUUCCAGUGUCCGGACCACCGCUGUAUUGACCCCGCAUAUGUCUGUGAUGGAGACAGAGAUUGCAUGGAUGGGGCUGAUGAGCAGGGAUGUGUGUACAACUGCACUGCCUACGAGUUCAAGUGUGCGAAUGGCCAUCAGUGUGUGAACUCCUAUUACCGCUGUGAUGGUGUUUUCGACUGCAGUGAUCGUUCAGAUGAAACCGGGUGUCCGACGCGACCUCCAGGUAUGUGCCACCAUGAGAGUGAAUUUCAGUGCCAGUCUGAUGGAGGCUGUAUCCCUGCCACCUGGGAGUGUGACGGACACCCGGACUGCGAGGACGGCUCCGACGAACACCACGCCUGCCCGCCGCGCACUUGUGCCUCCUCGCUCUUCCGCUGCGAUAACGGAAACUGCGUCUACCGUGGCUGGGUCUGCGACGGAGACAACGACUGUCGGGAUAUGAGCGACGAACGGGAAUGCCCCACGCCCCCCUUCCGCUGUCCGAGCUGGCAGUGGCAGUGCCCGGGUCAUAGCCUUUGUGUCAACCUCAGCAGAGUGUGUGACAACGUCCCAGACUGCCCCAACGGAGCUGAUGAGUCACCCCUUUGCAAUGAACCUUUACCAGAUCAGGAGAGCUGCACAGACAAUAACGCAGGCUGUACCCACGGCUGUAUCCAGGGUCCGUUUGGGGCCCAGUGCACGUGUCCUAUAGGAUAUCAGCUGAGUAACGAUUCAAAAACGUGUGAGGACAUUGACGAGUGUAACCCACCGGGGCUUUGCAGUCAACACUGUUUUAACGAGCGCGGCUCUUUCCGCUGCCACUGUGCAGAUGGAUACACACUGGAGGCAGAUGGUCACACUUGCAAAGCCUCAGGAUCUCGGGAGGCUUUCUUGCUGGUUGCGAGUCGUAAUCAGAUCAUAUCCGAUGACAUCAUCUCCCAACCGAACGUCGUGCGCUCUCUGGUCAGAGAUGGCCGCAACAUCGUAGCCGUAGACUUUGAUUCGGUCGCUGACCGCGUGUACUGGUCUGACACAACACAGGACCGAAUAUGGAGCGCUCACAGGAAUGGCAGUGAUAGGACAGUGAUCUUUGACAGUGGAGUGACAGUGACAGAGAGUUUAGCUGUGGACUGGGUAGGCAGAAAUCUGUACUGGACAGAUUACGUACUGGAAACCAUUGAGGUGUCCAAACUGGAUGGUUCACAUAGAACGGUGCUGGUCAGUGAGAAUGUGACCAACCCCAGAGGUCUCGUGUUGGACCCCAGAAACCAUGCUCAUGUCAUGUUCUGGACUGACUGGGGCAGAAACCCCAGAAUAGAGAGGGCGGGAAUGGAUGGCAAGUUGAGAACAACCAUUAUCAGUAACAAACUCUACUGGCCCAAUGGCUUGACCAUUGAUUACCCCAACAAUCUCCUGUACUUUGCUGAUGCAUACCUGGAUUUCAUUGACUUCUGCGAUUAUAACGGCAACAACAGGAAACAAGUUUUGGCCAGUGACCUGGUACUGCAACACCCCCACGCAAUCACCAUUUUUGAGGAUUUUGUGUAUUGGACUGACAGAUACAUCAACCGCGUGAUCCGGGCUAAUAAAUGGCACGGGCAGAACCAAACAGUGAUGCUAUACAAUCUCCCCCAGCCCAUGGGUCUGGUGGCGGUCCAUCCAGCCCGGCAGCCUGCAGGUGACAAUCCGUGUGCCAUGAGCCCCUGUACUCAUAUCUGCCUGCUCUCUGCAUCUGGACCCAGGUUCUACUCCUGUGCCUGCCCCUCUGGCUGGACCCUCGCUGCUGACCAGCUCACCUGUGCCAGAGUGGACAAGCCCUUCCUUGUGGUUGUGAGGGACAGUAUUAUUUAUGGCAUCUCUCUAAACCCGGAUGAUAAGAAUAACGAUGCCAUGGUCCCGGUUGCUGGGUUACAGAACGGUUACGAUGUAGACUUUGAUGAUGCAGAGCAGAUGAUAUAUUGGGUGGAACAUCCGGGCGAAAUUCACCGGGUGAAAUCAGAUGGCACUAACAGGACAGAGUUUGCUCCGGCAGCCAUCUUGGGUUCUCCCGUGGGCCUGGCUUUGGACUGGAUGAGCCAGAAUCUGUACUACACUAACCCCUCCUCCCAGUCUAUUGAGGUGCUUAGGCUGAAAGGAGAGGUCCAACACAGGAAGACUCUGAUCACCAAUGAUGGCACUCCCACGGGUGCAGGCGCCCCAGUUGGCAUUGCAGUGGACCCAGCCCGUGGGAAGAUGUACUGGACCGACCAGGGCACGGAGAGUGGCAUUCCAGCCAAAGUGGCAUCAGCAGAUAUGGAUGGGUCCAACUCUGCUGUGCUCUUCACAAACAACUUGGACCACGUGGAGUUCAUCACAGUGGACAUCAAAGAGAAUAAGCUGUACUGGGCUGUCACUGGCACUGGACUGAUUGAGCGUGGAGACCCUGAUGGAACAAACCGCAUUACCAUGGUGACUGGCUUGUCCCACCCUUGGGGUGUGGCUGUACACGAGUCCUUCCUGUACUUCACCGACCGGGACUUUGAGGUCAUAGAGCGGGUGGACAAAGCUACGGGCUCCAACAGGGUGGUGCUGAGAGACAACGUCUCUGGGCUCAGGGUGCUUAAGGUUCACUACAGAGAGACUUCUGCAGGCUCGUCUAACGGUUGCAGUAAUAAUGUGGGAAUGUGUGAACAGCUGUGUCUGCCACGUCCUGGAGGCUUGUAUUCCUGCGCCUGUGCUACUGGUUUCAAACUCAACGCUGAUAACAGAACCUGUGCUCCGUACCAGUCUUUCGUGGUUAUUUCCAUGCUAACAGCCAUCAAAGGCUUCAGUCUGGAAGGGAACGAUCACUCAGAGGCUAUGGUACCUGUGGCAGGGAGAGGUCGUAAUGCUUUGCACGUAGAUGUGCACAUGCCCUCUGGUUUUCUAUACUGGUGUGACUUCAGCAGCACAGUGUCGUCCCAAAACGGUAUCCGCCGAAUCAAGCCUGACGGAUCUGGAUUCCGUAGCAUAGUCACUUCUGGCGUCGGUCGAAACGGUAUCCGAGGGAUUGCCGUAGACUGGGCUUCAGGAAACCUCUAUUUCACGAAUGCCUUCUUGACGGAGACAUACAUUGAGGUUCUGCGAAUAAACACCACUUUCCGGCGUGUUCUUCUGAAGACUCAGGUGGACAUGCCCAGGCACAUUGUGGUAGACCCUAAGAACAGAUAUCUUUUCUGGGCGGAUUAUGGACAGACCCCCAAGAUUGAGCGAGCUCUCCUGGAUGGGACAAAUCGGACCGUUCUUAUCUCCUCAGGGAUCAUCACUCCCAGAGGGUUGGCUCUGGACCAUCAGAGCGGAUACGUCUACUGGGUGGAUGACUCUUUAGACAUGAUCGCCCGUGUGCGUCCUGAGGGAGGGGAGGCAGAGAUUGUGCGGUACGGCAGCCGUUACCCUACACCGUAUGGCAUCACCGUGUUCCAGAACAACAUUAUCUGGGUCGACAGGAACCUGAAGAAAGUCUUCCAGGCCAGCAAGGAGCCCGGGAACACGGAUCAACCCACCGUCAUCAGGGACAACAUCAACAUGUUGAGGGACGUCACCAUAUUUGACCAGCGUAUGCAGUCCACCACAGCCGCAGACCUCAAUAAUAACCCCUGCCAAGUGGACAACGGUGGCUGCUCCCAUUUUUGUUUCGCGUUCCCGGGAACCCAGACCAAGAAGUGCGGUUGUGCCUUUGGGAAUCUGGCCAGGGACGAUCUGAGUUGUGUGGUGUCUCGUGACGAUUACCUCAUCUACACCACGGAAAGUACCGUCCGGUCACUCCGUGUGGACCCAGAGGACCAUUCGUUGCCUUUCCCUGUGGUGAAUGUUCCUCGCACCUCAGUAGCCCUGGAUUUUGACCGACUAGACAGCAGGAUAUACUAUACCCAAAGCUCAGGAGCAGGGCAAAGCAAGAUCAGCUACAUCAGCCUGUCUUCACCUACCUCCCCUCCUACUGUAGUGGCUUCAGAUUUGGGUGCUCCAGAUGGCAUUGCCUAUGACUGGAUCAAUAAGAGGAUCUAUUACAGUGACUACAUUAACCAAACCAUUAGCUCCAUGGCAGUGGAUGGCUCUCAGAGAACUGUCGUUGCUCAUGUUCCCAGACCCAGAGCCAUCAUGUUAGACCCCUGCAGAGGCUACAUGUACUGGACAGACUGGGGGACCAGUGCUAAGAUUGAGCGUGCUACACUGGGAGGGAACUUCAGAACAGAGAUAGUGAACAGCAGUCUGGUUUGGCCCAAUGGUUUAACACUGGAUUAUGAUGAGCAAAGACUGUACUGGGCAGAUGCUAGCCUACAGAAGAUUGAGCGUUGCUCUCUGACUGGAGCCAAUCGCGAGGUUGUCGUGAGUACAGCAGUUUACCCGUUCGCCAUGACCAUGUACGGUCAGCACAUCUACUGGACUGACUGGAACACUCGCAGCAUCUACCGUGCUAACAAGCAUGAUGGCUCUGACCAGCGAGUGAUGAUCCAAAACCUUCCGUCCAGGCCAAUGGACAUUCAUGUGGUGUCCACCAGCAAACAGCAACAGUGUAGCAGCCCCUGCCAACAGUUCAAUGGGGGAUGCAGCCAUAUCUGUACCCCAGGACCUCAGGGACCGGAGUGUCAGUGUCCCUCCGAGGGGCGUUGGUAUCUGGCCGACAACAAGUACUGUAUCCCUGACAAUGGCACCCGCUGCCAGCCCGGCCAGUUCACCUGUAUGAACGGCCGCUGUAUCCGCGCCCAGUGGAAGUGUGACAAUGACAACGACUGUGGGGACGGCAGUGAUGAGCUGGAGAGAGUGUGUGGAUCCAAGAACGAUUUCACCUCUUUUGUCCCACAAAUGGCAGCAUUUAUUGCUCUCUCAGCCUUCCACACCUGCGAACCCACCGUGUUCACCUGUGGGAACGGCCGAUGUGUUCCGUACCAUUACCGUUGUGACCACUACAACGACUGCGGAGACAACAGUGACGAAGUGGGCUGCCUUUUUCGACCUUGUGAUCCCAGCACUGAAUUCACCUGCAACAACGGCCGCUGCAUUGCCAAGGAGUACGUCUGUAACGGCAUUAACAACUGCUAUGACAACGGCACCUCAGAUGAACAGAACUGCCCUGAGAGGACGUGCCAGCCUGAGCACACCAAAUGCCAGACGACCAACAUCUGCAUCCCGCGCUCGUACCUGUGUGACGGAGACAAUGACUGUGGAGACAUGAGUGACGAGAGCCCUACACACUGUGCCACGUCCACGUGCGCACAGAGUGAGUUCCGGUGCUCGAGUGGACGCUGCAUCCCGGGUCACUGGUACUGUGACGAGGGCACGGACUGCGCGGACGGGUCCGACGAACCUUCCUCCUGCACAACAAUGGUGAGAACGUGCAACGCGGAUCAGUUCCGCUGUGAUGACGGCAGGUGCAUAGCAGCGUCGUGGAUAUGUGACGGAGACAAUGACUGUGGGGACAUGAGCGAUGAAGACCAGCGACACAACUGUGCCAACCGCACGUGCUCAUCCCUGGAGUUCACCUGUGUGAAUAACCGGCCUCCGCAGAGAAAAUGUAUCCCGCGGGACUGGGUGUGUGACGGGGAUGCCGACUGCGCGGAUGCGUUCGAUGAGCAUCAGAAUUGCACCCGCAGGUCCUGCAACGUGAAUGAGUUCACCUGCAGCAACGGCCUGUGCAUCCGCAGCUCCUACAGGUGUGACAGGCGUAAUGACUGUGGAGAUGGGAGUGAUGAAAGAGGCUGUACAUACCCACCCUGCCAGCAGCACCAGUUCACCUGUCAGAACGGACGCUGCAUCUCCCACGACUUCCUAUGCGACGGAGACAACGACUGUGGGGAUGAAUCCGAUGAGCUGGACCACCUGUGCCACACGCCUGUGCCCACCUGUCCCCCGGGACAGUUCAGGUGUGAAAACGGUCACUGCAUCCCCGCCAGUGAGGUGUGCGACAGAAACGACGACUGCACGGACAACAGCGAUGAGAAAGGCUGCGGUAUCAAUGAAUGCACGGACCCCUCCAUGCAUCACUGCGACCACAACUGCACCGACACGCCCACCAGCUUCAUCUGCACCUGUCGUCCCGGAUACCGCCUCAUGUCCGACAACAAGACGUGCGAUGACGUGAACGAGUGCAACGACACGCCUAGCGUGUGCAGUCAGGUGUGCGAGAACACGGUGGGCUCGUACGUGUGUAAGUGCGCCCCGGGCUUCCUGCGAGAACCGGACGGACGGAGCUGCAGACAGAACAGCAACAUUCACCCGUACCUGAUCUUCAGCAACCGUUACUACCUGCGCAAUCUGUCCACGGAUGGAGAAGCCUAUUCCCUCAUCCUCCAAGGACUGACCAGCGUGGUUGCCCUGGACUUUGACCGCGUUGACAGGCGGUUGUACUGGAUCGACGUCAGCCGUAGGGUGGUGGAGCGAAUGUUCUAUAAUGGGACGGGAAGAGAGGUUGUUGUGAACGGGGUUUUACACGGUGAGGGUUUGGCUGUAGAUUGGGUGGGUAGGAAACUCUACUGGGUGGACAGUUUCUUGGAUUGCCUCAAAGUGUCUGAACUGGACGGACGUUUUGUGAAGAAACUGGCGGAGCACUGUGUGGACCCUAACAAUACCUACUGCUUUGAGAAUCCCAGGGCUAUAGUGGUGCAUCCAAAAUAUGGGUACGUGUACUGGACAGACUGGGGUGAUAAGGCCUUUAUAGGCCGCGUUGGAAUGGACGGAAACAACAAAUCUGCCAUCAUCACCACUAAGAUUGAAUGGCCCAACGGGGUUACCAUCGACUACUCCAACGACAAACUGUACUGGUCCGACGCCCACCUCAACUACAUUGAGUUCUCAGAUCUGGAUGGAAAUCAUCGCCACACCGUGUACGAUGGGGUUCUGCCCCACCCGUUUGCUUUGACCGUGUUUGAGGACAGCGUGUACUGGACUGACUGGAACACCAGAACAGUGGAGAGGGGAAGCAAGUACGACGGCUCGGGUCGUCAGGCCCUCGUCAACACCACCCACCGACCGUUCGACAUCCACGUGUGCCACCCCUACCGCCAGCCUAUCGUGACUAACCCCUGUGCGGUCAACAACGGGGGCUGCUCCCACCUCUGCCUGCUUCGGGCCGGGGGGCACGGUCACACCUGCGAGUGUCCCGACCACUUCCUUACGGUUCAGUUGGGUGGGGUAGCCCGCUGUUUGCCCAUGUGUUCCAGCACGCAGUACAGAUGUGCCGAUAACGAACGCUGUAUUCCUAUCUGGUGGAAGUGUGACGGGCAGCGGGACUGCAGGGACGGCUCUGACGAGCCCUCUACCUGUCCCACUCGUCACUGUCGCUUGGGCCAGUUCCAGUGCGGAGACGGGAACUGCACCAGUCCUCACUUCCUGUGUAACUCGGUUCACGAUUGCCCAGACGGGUCUGAUGAGGACACUGUGCUGUGUGCUACACACCAGUGUGAGACACAUCAGUGGCAGUGUACCAACAAGAGAUGUAUCCCGGAGGCGUGGCAGUGUGACGGAGAGAACGACUGCGGAGACAGCUCAGACGAAGACCCCUCCCAUUGCUCCAGCAGGACCUGCCCCCCAGGACAAUUCAAGUGUCGAAACGGCCGCUGCAUCCCCCAGAGCUGGAAAUGUGAUGUGGACGAUGACUGUGGAGACAACUCUGACGAGCCCCACGACGAGUGCAUGGGACCGGCUUAUCGCUGUGACAACCACACGGAGUUCGACUGUAAGACCAAUUACCGCUGUGUGCCUCUGUGGUCAGUCUGUAACGGUCACAACGAUUGCCGCGACAACAGUGACGAACAGGGCUGUGAGGAGCUGACCUGUGACCCGGUGGGGGAUUUCCGUUGUGAUAAUCACCAGUGUAUCCCGCUCCGCUGGAGGUGUGACGGAGACAAUGACUGCGGAGACGGCUCUGACGAGCGCGACUGCAGUCCUCGUGCAUGUACUGAGAGUGAGUUUCGCUGUGACAAUCUGCACUGCAUUCCUGACCUCUGGGUGUGUGACCAUGACAACGACUGUGAGGAUAACUCAGAUGAAAGGGACUGUGAGCUGCGGACCUGUCAUCCCGGUCACUUCCAGUGCAACAGUGGUCACUGCAUCGCUGAGCGCUUUAAAUGCGACGGAAGCGCGGACUGCCUGGACUACUCAGACGAAAGCUCCUGCCCCACACGCUACCCUAACGGCACGUACUGCCCUCCGUUCUUGUUUGAGUGUAAGAACCACGUGUGUGUGCAGCAGCACUGGAGAUGUGACGGAGACAACGACUGUGGAGAUGGAUCAGAUGAGGAGCUCCAUCUCUGUUUGGACAUUCCCUGUGACCCUCCAUUCCGCUUCCGCUGUGACAAUAACCGCUGCAUCUACAGCCAUGAGCUCUGUAACGCAGUGGACGACUGUGGGGACGGAACAGAUGAGAGACAGGAACACUGUCAGACGCCCACCCAUGGCCCAUGUUCUGCAGAUGAAUAUAAGUGUGGGAACAGUCAGUGUAUUCCCCUGCAGUAUGCCUGUGAUGAUUAUGAUGACUGUGGGGACCAGACCGAUGAACUCGGCUGCAACUCUGGCAGUGGCCGAUCGUGCAGUGAAAACAUCUGUGAGCAUAACUGCACAGAGCUGACAGAUGGAGGUUUUAUCUGCUCCUGUCGACCAGGAUAUCAAGCCAGCCAGGAAGACAGGAACUCUUGUGAAGAUUUGAAUGAGUGUGAGGUAUAUGGUACAUGUCCACAGCAGUGCAAGAACACCAAGGGCAGCUAUGAGUGUUUCUGUGCCCAGGGUUUCCGCUCAGUGGGCCAGGAGCACGGCCGGGAGUGUGCAGCUGAAGGGAACCCCCCUGUGCUGUUACUGCCUGAUAACGUGAGGAUCCGUCGUUUUAACCUGUCCUCUGAGCAGUAUUCCGAUUAUGUGGAUAACUCAGAGCACAUCCAGGCUGUAGACUAUCUGUGGGACCCAGAGGGGCUGGAACUCAGUAUCGUGUACUGGACGAUAAUGGGUCGUGGCUCCCAGUUUGGCUCCAUUAAACGGGCGUACAUGACCACGUUUGAUGACCACGGCAAUAACCCUGUGAAGGAGGUCGACUUGAACCUGAGAUACAUCUCCAGUCCUGAUGGAAUCGCCGUUGACUGGAUUGGAGGCCAUAUAUACUGGACAGAUGCAGGGACCAAUAGGAUCGAGGUGUCAAAGCUAGAUGGGCGUUACAGGAAAUGGCUCAUACACACAGAUCUUGACCAGCCGGCUGCUAUUGUGGUGAAUCCGGCUCUGGGUAUGAUGUACUGGACUGACUGGGGUCGUAGACCUAAGAUUGAGUCAGCCUGGAUGGAUGGACAACACAGGCAGGUUCUGAUGGAUGAGGAUUUGGGCUGGCCCACUGGACUGGCUCUAGACUACCUUAAUGGACACAGGCUGUACUGGUGUGAUUCGAAAGAGAAUGUUAUUGAGUCAAUGAAACCGGAUGGAACAGACCGGAAGAUUGUCGUAUCUGGAGACAUUGGUAAUCCCUACAGCCUGGAUGUGUUUGAGGGACAUGUGUAUUGGACGACAAAGGGGAAAGGGGAGGUGUGGAAAAUGGAUAAGUUUGGAAAAGGGGAUAAAGUGAAAGUUCUGACCGUCAACCCAUGGCUAACCCAAGUGCGUAUCUACCAGGAGCACAGACACAACCAAUCAGUGCCCAAUCCCUGUAAGAACGUUUGCAGUCACCUCUGUUUGCUGCGUCCAGGAGGCUACACUUGUGCCUGUCCACAGGGUUCCUCCACGCUUGGCUUCAGCUCUAACGAAUGUGAUGCAGCCAUUGAGCCAGUGGUGCCUAUGCCAGUUGCAUGCAGAUGCAUGAAUGGUGGGACAUGCUACACUGAUGAGGCUGGACUGCCCAAGUGCAAAUGCCCGUACGGUUAUGGUGGCAGUUACUGUGAGAUUGGCUAUGCCAGAGGUGCUCCUGCUGGAACAGCGGUUGCUGUGCUGUUGGCCGUGAUUAUUAUUUUGGCUACGGGAGCACUGGUCGUCGGCAUGUUCCUCAAUUACAAACGUACUGGGUCGUUCAUCCCCUCCAUGCCCAAACUACCCAGUCUCAGUAGUCUGGUGAAAUCUGGGGACACAGGAAACGGUGUGUCUUUCCGCUCUGGGGACAAUGUCACAAUGGACCUGGAGCCUCCAACCCUGGGCGUGUCAUUCAUUGACAGGGCGAUGCAGCUGGAUGAGAACUUUGCUGAAGCGGACAGGCAGCCAAUCACGUUUGAGAAUCCUCUCUACUCCACCAUGGCGGGAGCAUCGAGCGAUCCUGCUGUCAUCCACGCCUCACAGGUGACUGUAAACAUCAGCGGAGAUCAGAACAACUUCGCCAACCCCAUGUACAGGCCAGAGCAGCAGCAGGCUGUGGAAGUGAAGAGCGUUCCAGUGGAUUCUACUGGUGCUCAGGAGUCCAAGUGGAGCUUUUUCAAGCGAAAACUGAAACCAGCCGCAACUUUUGAAAACCCAACCUACUCAGAGAUGCAGGAUGAGCAGGUUGUAAAGAGCAUCGACGCGAGUGCGGCCAGCCAGCCGUCUCCCUUUGUCCCCUCUGCCAAACCCUCCAAACCAACACGGCCCAACACCUUCUCUCCUACUGAGGACACGUUCAGAGACACGGCCAACCUCGUCAAAGAGGACAGCGACGUAUAACCCCCUGCAC